UGUCAAUAUUGAUGUGCAGUUGAAUGUUUAUGUGCGAUUUUUAAACGGUUGCCUCGCGAAAAACGCAAGUUAUGUGAGAAACAAACAAUCGAAAAAAUGGCUCAGAGUACAACGAGCGGCACGUCGUCCAGAAGGCAUGUCCGGGAUCACGAUACGGCCUCAAUUACUUCUUCCAGGAUCGCGGAUAUUGCUGAGUGGGAGGCCAAUGAGGCUCUUCGGCAAAGAGAACUGGAGGAGGCCAAAGGCCGGGCCGCCCAAAUGGAGAAAACCAUGAGGUGGUGGUCCGAUUGCACCGCCAACUGGCGCGAGAAAUGGAGCAAAGUCAGAACGGAACGCAACAAGGCACGGGAGGAGUGCAAACAACUCAGAAGUAAACUGGAGAUAUCCAUAAAAGACGCCAACACCUACAAACGAGAAAAGGAAGAUUUGGAAAUACAAAACGACGAAUUAAAGAAAGAAAUGGAAAAAAUACACAUACUGUUGCUGAAACAUGCAGGACAGUUUGACAGCUCCAUUUUUGAAGCUUUGAGUGAAGAUCCCUUGAAAGAUUUCGUUUUCAGUAACGGAUCUUUGUUGAAGGAACGAGAAAAUGGUGUGUCUUCCUCCCAGUCGAAUCCGGAAUGCGACAGCACGCAAAUUCAAGAGAACGAAAGGGAUGCGAAUAUUGAGGAGUAUAUAUUACAAGGCGCAGUACCAAGGUACAUAAAAGAGUUCGAGAAAAAGGCGGAAAUGUCGGAACAGUCCAACGGCACCGAAAAAGUAAACGGCGAACGGGACAGAGUCAGUGGCGAAUACGAUGAAGAUUACGUCAUACAGAAACUGUCGAUGUUGCAGCUGAGACUUGAAGAGGCGACCAAAACGUUGCAGAUCGAAAGGGAGGAAAAGUCACAGUUGCACAGAAACAUCGAAAGGCUCACUGGUGAGCUGCAGGAAGCGAAAGACAAAUGUGAAGAGUUACGUGAAGCACGGCAAGAAGCCAUGCGAGAACUCCUUACGUUAGAGGAUCAACAUCAGAAGGAGGUGGAGCUUAUUAAGUCUGAUCUCAUUGAUGAGGCGAACUCUCGGGAAGGCAUGGAUAAGCGACUCAAUGAUCUCAGAGCUGAGCUCGAACGGUUGCAAGCAGAAAACGCUGCGGAAUGGGGCAAACGCGAAAGACUGGAAACAGAGAAAUUAGCCAUGGAAAGGGACAACAAGAAAUUAAGAGGUGAAUUAAGAGACAUGCAAGAAAGAAUAGAGCGAAGGGGUCGACCAGUUACCAAUUCUGACGCAGAAAUUCGACACUUACAACAAGAAAUUAGCGAUAAAAACAAAGAAAUCGCCGAUUUAAAACACUCGCAGAAUAAGCUGAAAAAGAUGGUACAAGACAAGAUUACGGAACUUGCACAUGCAGUACGCCGAGCUGAACAGUAUGAGACGGAAGUGAAGAAACUGAGAGGCAGAGUGGAGGAGUUAAAGAGGGAUCUCGCAGUUGCAGAAGACGAAUUGGAUACAGCUUCGAAUAACAUUCGUAAAUUGCAGCGGGCAAACGACGAACUACAGGAACAGGUGGAUAAUUUCCAAGUGCAAUUACAGCACCUCCACACCAGUAUCGAAAAAGAAGACGGUGGUGAGGAGAUGGCUCAUUAUGAUGAAAAUGAGUGUAUUACGUAACUCGAACUCAACGAAUCUACUGACGCAUCGCGGAAACUUGUUGAUGGCAGAAGUGAGCGAUGAUGAUUUAAACGAGUAUUAAUAUUUCAUACUUAUUUAUUUAAUUCUGUGUAUUUUUGAUUAAAUUUUCAUCACACCUAUGCAUAUCAAAUGGAGGAGUAUUUCUAUAUGCAUCAAUUGGCAAUUAUUAUUAUUAUUGUCUUCCAUCACAUUUCUGAGACAAAACUUUUAAAUAAUUAAUUGUCUGGUGUAAAAUUCAAAACAUGAAUUAAAUUCGAAUUGAUUAAUAUAAAAUUAUAUAUUUUGGUGAUAAUGCAAUUAAUUGUGUUUAAUCAGUCACUGAAUAUUCUUCUUUUUUAUAAAGUUUUUUCGUAUGGGGUAUCUUCAAAGCUAAGUCAUGUUCACAACUAUUUGUGGCAAAUUUGCUAUUUAACACUCCAUCUUGGUAAUUAAUUUCUUAUAAGUGACACACUAAUAAAAAAUAAUUGUAGAAACUUGGAUUAAGACCUAAUUGUGUUAAUACACAAAGGUUAGCGCAAAGUAUUGCAAUUUAUAAUCUCAUUUUUAUUUAUUUAUCGUUCAAUGUAUUAUUUUAUCACAUGUACAAAACCACAAUGUAUAUUUUAUUAACUUAUAUAUUUUUGUCUUGUAUAUUUUACUUGUUUAUAGUUUUUGUAUAUUUUUUUAUAAAUUAUUAUGUACUCAAACAAAAAAAAUAAUAUAUUAUUUUAGAAAUGUAGGCACAAAUCCAGCUGACUAGUAAUAUUAAAACCUCGCCCAGUUCUUAAGUAACUGGGGAUGUAUCUGUCUGUCCUAUUUAAUUGACUGAUUUGUAAUAAGGUAGACUGACGUUAUACUUUCGAAAUUGCAUGUGUUCUAGGAUUUUAACAUCUGGUUUUCGAAUUGAUUAUUUUUAUAAAAUUGUUUGGAUAAUAUGUAUAAAUAUACGUAAUAACCCAAAAGUUAAGGCAUUUGCAUGAAGUAUAUAAUUAUAUAGAAAAAGCUGGAGGGAACAUCAAGGUGUUUAAUUAAAUGGGUGCAGUUACUUGAGAUGAAAUCUAUCAUCAAUGCAGUGGUAUGGUUUAAUAUUCUUCAUACAAGUCAACUAUUAAUAUUGAAUACAAACAUUAUUUUUAAACAUUAAUCGAUAAGCGGAUCGCCAGCUUUUUCUUAUAGGCAGACUUCUUGUGAAUGCCUAAAAAAAUUUUUAACAGUUGAAUCUAUGUGUUUUUUAACAAAAUUGUUAGCACUAGAGAGCUUGAAGUGUGAAUUAUUUAUUAUUGUCAACAGGGUAUAAGAAUAUUAACAGUUUCAAAAAAGUAUCAUUACCAAAUGGCUGACAGGGUGAACCAUGAUAACCCUUAAUCUGUUACAAACACUUACAUUUUUAUAAGUGUUCGGUGGAUCGAAAUAAUUUCAAAUGAGUUUUUAUAAUGUUUAUAUUGUAACACAUCAAACUUUCAAAACGACAAACAGUGUUAGAAUUUGAGGUGAUAUAAUUUAAAGAAGUACAAAUACAUUAAUUAUUAUAUUCGAUUCAUCAACGUAAAUUGCUCACGUAUUUACAAAAUUUUUACGCUCUCCACAUUAGUGCUAAGAAACUUCACUUUGUGCAUUAGUAUGAUAUGCAUAUUUUAAGGUACUAAUAAAGUUUUAUGUACUGUUGACAUUGUAAAAUACUAUUUCUACUCGUUACGGACGAAUUAUACUAAUGCAUAUUCUUGAUACCACAAUUUUAUCAACUAUAUAUAAAAAUGUGUAACCAAACUGCGAACUAAGUUACUAACUAGAUUAAUUGUAAUUUAAAAGGGAUGUUAACUGUGCUGUUUCCCUUUUAGAGAGUAGUGUACACUUGUUAAAUGUGUUAAGAUAUCUAUAAUCGAUUACUGCAAUCAAAAACCUUUAACAAUGUUUAGCAAUAAAUAUGUAAGAAAAAACGUUCAAUUCACAAUCACCAACAUGCACUAAUUAGUGCCUUAUAUAUUUUUGUUAGAUUGCUUCGACGCAAAGAUAUUGACAAGACCGUUUAGUUACUUUACCGCACAUUUUAACAAGAGUCUUAUAUUUAUAUAAUAUGAAAGGAGUAAAAGCUAUACAGCUCAGGGUUCUGUAUCACAUAUAAUUUGUGCCAAUAAAAUAAUGAAACUUUA